AUGGUCAACUUCACCGUCGAUGAGAUCCACGAUCUCAUGAAGAAGCCGAGCAAUGUUCGUAACAUGAGUGUUAUUGCUCAUGUCGACCACGGCAAAUCUACCCUGACCGACUCUCUGCUGGCCAAGGCCGGUAUCAUCUCCACCGGAAAGGCUGGUGAUGCCCGUGCCACAGACACUCGUGCCGACGAGCAGGAGCGUGGUAUCACUAUCAAGUCUACUGCCAUCUCCCUGUACGCCACUCUCCCCGAGGAGGAGGACACCAAGGACAUCAAGGGCCAGGAGACCGUCGGCAACGACUUCUUGAUCAACCUGAUCGACUCCCCCGGUCACGUUGAUUUCUCCUCUGAGGUCACUGCUGCUCUCCGUGUCACCGACGGUGCUCUCGUUGUCGUCGACACCGUCGAGGGUGUGUGCGUGCAGACCGAGACUGUGCUUCGACAGGCUCUCGGUGAGCGUAUCAAGCCCGUUGUUGUCAUCAACAAGGUUGAUCGCGCUCUUCUCGAGCUCCAGAUCGAGAAGGAGGACCUGUACCAGUCCUUCUCCCGAACAAUCGAGUCCGUCAACGUCGUCAUCUCCACCUACUUCGACAAGUCUCUGGGUGACGUCCAGGUCUACCCCGACAAGGGCACCGUCGCCUUCGGUUCCGGUCUGCACGGCUGGGCUUUCACCAUCCGUCAAUUCGCCACCCGCUACGCUAAGAAGUUCGGUGUCGACCGUAACAAGAUGAUGGAGCGUCUCUGGGGAGACAACUACUUCAACCCCAAGACCAAGAAGUGGACCAAGAACGGAACCUACGAAGGCCAGCAGCUCGAGCGUGCCUUCAACCAGUUCAUCCUGGACCCCAUCUUCAAGAUCUUCGCUGCCGUCAUGAACUUCAAGAAGGAGGAGAUAAAGACUCUGCUCGAGAAGCUCGACCUCAAGCUGGCCCCUGAGGACCGUGAUAAGGAGGGCAAGCAGCUGCUCAAGGCUGUCAUGCGCACUUUCCUGCCCGCCGCCGACUCCCUGCUGGAGAUGAUGAUCCUCCACCUGCCAUCCCCCAAGACUGCCCAGAAGUACCGUGCCGAGACACUGUACGAGGGUCCUCAGGACGACAAGAUCUACGCCUCCAUCCGUGACUGUGAGGCCGACCCCACCAAGGCCGACCUCAUGCUCUACGUCUCCAAGAUGGUGCCGACGUCCGAUAAGGGUCGUUUCUACGCCUUCGGUCGUGUCUUCUCCGGUACCGUCAAGUCCGGACAGAAGGUCCGCAUCCAGGGCCCCAACUACGUCCCUGGCAGGAAGGAGGAUCUCUCCGAGAAGGCCAUCCAGCGUGUCGUCCUGAUGAUGGGUGGCAGAGUCGAGGCCAUCGACGACAUCCCCGCCGGUAACAUCGUUGGUCUGGUCGGUAUUGACCAGUUCCUGCUCAAGUCUGGUACCAUCACCACCGACAAGGCUGCCCACAACCUCAAGGUCAUGAAGUUCUCCGUCUCCCCUGUCGUGCAGCGAUCCGUCCAGUGCAAGAACGCCCAGGAUCUGCCCAAGCUCGUUGAGGGUCUGAAGCGUCUGUCCAAGUCCGACCCUUGUGUCCUGACCAUGACCAACGAGUCUGGUGAGCACAUCGUUGCUGGUGCUGGUGAGCUCCACCUGGAGAUUUGCUUGAACGAUCUCCAGAACGACCACGCUGGUGUUCCUCUGAUCAUCUCCGACCCCGUCGUGCAGUACCGUGAGACUGUCGGUGGCAAGUCGAGCAUCACUGCUCUGUCCAAGUCGCCCAACAAGCACAACCGUAUCUACAUGACCGCUGAGCCCCUUGACGAGGAGCUGGCCCUGGCCAUCGAGGCCGGCAAGAUCAACCCCCGUGACGACUUCAAGGCCCGUGCCCGUGUCCUCGCUGACGACUUCGGCUGGGAUGUCACCGACGCCCGUAAGAUCUGGACCUUCGGUCCCGACACCAACGGCCCCAACCUGCUGGUCGACCAGACCAAGGCCGUGCAGUACCUCAACGAAAUCAAGGACUCCGUUGUCUCUGGUUUCCAGUGGGCUUCCCGUGAGGGUCCCGUUGCCGAGGAGCCCAUGCGAUCCGUCCGCUGGAACAUCCUUGAUGUGACCCUCCACGCUGAUUCCAUUCACCGUGGUACCGGCCAGAUCAUGCCUACUACUCGUCGUGUCAUGUACGCCGCCGCUCUGCUCGCCGAGCCCGCCCUGCAAGAGCCCGUGUUCUUGUGUGAAAUCCAGGUGCCCGAGCAGGCCAUGGGUGGUGUCUACGGUGUGCUUACCCGGAGACGUGGUAUCGUCUUCGGUGAGGAGCAGCGCCCUGGUACUCCUCUGUUCACCAUUAAGUCUUACCUGCCCGUCAUUGAGUCCUUCGGCUUCAACGGUGACCUGCGUGCCGCCACCUCCGGACAGGCCUUCCCUCAGUCCGUGUUCGACCACUGGCAGCUGCUGCCCGGUGGCUCCCCUCUGGACCCCACCUCCAAGGUCGGUGCCAUGGUCCAGGAGAUGCGUAAGCGCAAGGGUAUCAAGGUCGAGGUUCCCGGUGUCGAGAACUACUACGACAAGCUGUAA